AUGCUGUACCUGCAGGAACAUUUUUGGAAAAAUGUGGAAGCAGUAUGGAAAACAUUUAGGGAAUUUAUGGAAAAAACCGUGGACAGUGGGACACCAACGAUCAUGUGUGCAGCAGGACAGAAUGGGGAAGAUGGGAAACAGUGGAAUGUUGCGGACAAAGGUUUGUGCGAGUUAGCGUUCACAGCAUUACGUUUUAAACAUGGAAUUAAUUUAAAUGGAGCCCCUAUUAGUCAGGACGGUAUGGACGAAGAAGCAAAGAAAAUAGAUAACUAUAUGAGAUGUAUUCUAGUUAAUAUAUUUAUGAAGAAAAUAAUGGGCAUGAAGUGUUUAAAGGGACCUGGUGCACAGUUUGCUUUCAAUCUUGUUCAUGGCGAAAUAAAGAACGUGUUCCAGAGGGAGCUGGGCAAUAUUGCGUGUGAGGAGGUGGAUGCGGGAAAAGGGGGGGACAGAGACAGAGGCAAGAGUGCACAGGAUAGGGAUUUGUGGGAAGUAAUGCAGAGAUGGAAUGAAAACAAUAGACAGAACACCGGGGACGGGGAUUGGGGAGUGUUGGGGGACGGGUGUAGGGUGGAAACGGGAUCCAAAGCGAGAGUAGGGCAUGGGGACGACAGCACGGCGUUAAAGGAGAAAGUGCAGGCAGAAAUAAAGAAUGUGGACCACGAUUUAGGACAGAAGGUGCCGGAAAUAAUACAGGCAGUGAAAACAUGUACUGAAGGGGAUAAGGAUUGUGUAAAGAACUUAUUAAAGGCAAAGAAAGCGGCAGCAGACGCGAACAGCGACAAUACGGGGACGCAGUCCCCGUCGAAUGUGCACACAGGAAAAGAACACGGACAGUCAAAUGGGCCAGGAGCAUCAGAUACAUCAGGAGCAAACAGUGCACCGCGUCCAGGCGCCCAACCCGCCCCUGCCAAACCAGCACCAGCCAAACCAGCACCAGCCAAACCAGCACCAGCCAAACCACCCGGCGACACCAACACCGGCAGCGGAGGAACGAAACCUGCCAAACCAGUAGCGGCGAAACCGCUGGCGAAGAAGCCCGCCGCAGGAGAGGAUUGUCCAUGGCAGAGCAUAUUGGAAGGCAAGAGCAGGCACGUACACGUGCUGCAGUAUUAUGAUACAGCAACACUGGAAACAAUGAAGACCGUAUUGCAGCAAUUUACUGAUUAUAUGGAAGACAAAAAGGAUAUGAUGGAUGCAUACGGUGAAAAUUGUCACAAUUCUGGUUGGGAUGAUUUCGGCGAUGCUCAUCAAUAUAAGGGACAAACGGUAGCAGACGUCGUAAGGUGCAGACUUAUGACCCUUGCUUUGUUCUUCGCGAACCAGGAGGGAAAACAUGGCAAUAGUGAGAAAGCACAGAAAACGGAUGACGAUAAAUUGUACGAAAAGUUCAGGUGUGAGGUAGCGAAUGUAUUUGGAUACAUGCUGAAGAAUCAGUAUUGUAAAAAGGAAGGAUGGAAGAGGGGUGUGGAGUACGCUUGGAAAACCAUGAAGAACAUGGGGGAUGAGACAUUGGGACACGGGGCACUAACGGGUCCUGUUAUGGAUGGCACAUGCACACAAUGUGGGUACAAGGGUAGUCGGACGACACCUGCAAUAAUAAAUGGACACAUCGCAGAAUGGUUCGUAGACCAAGGAAUAAUGGGAGAUAUAGCAACGAUAGAGCACCAGAUGCCCUGUGAUCAGAAUUGGAAAAAGUAUAAAGGGGAGAAGGGUGUUACAGACAAAGACCCGGACAUUAGCAAAAAGCUGCCUGAGGUAAAACAAACGGAGGCGCAAGUAAGGACGGAGACGAAGAAAGCUGUUGAGAAGGUGAAGGCCAUAGUUGAACGCAAAAUUAAAGACCUAGCAACGAAGGAAAAGAACAAGAAGGCAGAAGGGGAAUCUAACGGGAAGAAAACAGAGGGGAACAGUGAGAACAGGGAUGAGAAGCAGCACGACAAGGCAGAUCAGACAAAGACACCGGAAGCAUCGUCACCAUCAGGAGGAGCAGGCAGGUCAGAUGGCUCAGCAGCAACGGACGUCGUCUUACCAGUCCCAGCACCCGUACCACAACCCCCACCUGCGGCACCACCAAAAGCUACCGGUGCAGGUGACACCCAAUCCACUAAAGAAGGUAAGGGAACACAGGAUUCAUCCGAUCCGGACUGUGGUAAAACCGAGUUCACAUCUAAAUCAGAAUAUGAUCCUAAUCAUGUUGGUACAACAGUUAGUUUCGCGAGCGCUCCAUCCUCUCCUACGUGUUCCAAGGGAAGUGUUCCAGGUAAGGAUCCUUCCCAAGAAACGACGGCUACUGGUCUGGAUGCAUCAGCAGCAUCCGCAUCGGAUCCGCCACCGUCACCACAAGCAGCAGGUGUACCACCACAAACAGGACAGUAUCCGGAUGUCCCGAAGGAAACUACUACGUACCAGAUCCCUCCUACUGGAGAGCCUGCGUCUGGGGGAGAAAAAGCAACGCAGAGUCCAGAUGGUGGAAGACCCACUGCGCCUGGUGCCCCCGGUUCUCCAGGCGCAACAGGUGCAGACGGUACACCCAGCACUGGACACCAGGGUAAUGAUGACCCCCCUCCUCUCAAUCCACCCAAACCAAAACCGAACCCGAACCCCAAUCAAUCGGGUAGUAGUGGCAUUUUGCCCGAUGGUCAGGUACCAAGUACUUCCGCAGGAGGUGGUGGAGCAGGUGGAAGUGGCGGAGGAGGGGGAGGAAGUGGCAUUUCCUCAUCCUCACGACCCGGUUCUACUGGUCAUGGUACUGCAACUACAGGAGGUGCAGGUGCUGCUCCUACCCCUGCCACCCCUUCUGUGCCGCCCGGCCUCACAUGGGAAGAUGUCAAGCCAUACACCCCCGCGAUCAUUCCCGCGGUGGUUGGUAUUGGGGUCAUUGCCUUUUUCCUAUGGAAGUACUUUGCGUACCUCGGACAAACACGACGACGAACAUAUCGAACCGUUCGUGACGUGCCGUCACCGCCACUCGACGAAGAAAUAUUGGACCAUCUACAACGCGGCGAACUGCCGCCACCCGAUUACGGCUACACCAUGGUUCGGGAUAGGCAGCGCGGCAGAUUGCCCGCCGCCCGCCGCCGACGCCCACCACGCGUGCAUACGCGCACGAUCAUCGAGCUACAUCUAGAAGUGCUCAACGAAUGUGAAGCAACCGAAUGGGACAGCGUCAAAGACGACUAUUGGCAGAUUGUCGUGGAGCAGUUUACGCAGGAUUGGAUGCGGGAUGCAAACGAGUAUAGUAGUUCCCCGGCUUCUUCGUCGAAUCACGAUUCACCAGGGACCAAUGUUUCCUCCAUGCUCGAUCCACCCACUGACGUCAACGGCAUACAUCCAUGUCCACCACAUGACCCCGAUCCAUGGGGUUGUAUGGAACACAUACAGUUAGCAACGGACCCUUGUCCACCGAAUGACGCCGACGAACCUGAUGCAUGGUGUUGCAUGGAAACUAUACAGUUAGCAACGGACCGUUGUCGACCUCAUGACCCCGAUCCAUGGAGUUGUAUGGAAACUAUACAGUUAGAGACGGGCCCUUGUCCACCGAAUUACGAGGACCCCGACCCAUGGAGUUGUAUGGACACCAUACAGUUAGAUGCAGAACAGAAUGCUCAUUCCUACCCCGAGCACGCGACCUCCGACUGCACCCAAUGGAUUAACUGGAUUGACCGCAACAAACAUAUAUUGCAGGAGUGCACGACGCAGCCGUGGUUUAAUGCCCUCAAAUCGGAAUGGAAACAAUACCUGCGUGAUCACAUGGCGGCAGACGAGGACAACGGAGUAUACGGGCAGCGUGAAUUCGGUGCAGCCGCAAUCCUGCCGAUGAAGAAACUGCGCUUGUGGAGACAGUGGAUAGCGCAACAACAUCGGCAAAUGAGUAUCUAUAACGCGGAGGAGUGGUUCCCACAUUUGUUGAAUAAUGUAGAGGAGGAGACAGAAUCGCACAAAGGCGAAAUACCUCGCGUAGAACAACACUUACACGUGGACAAAGUAAUGGCAGCACAACAGAGGCUACGCCUGCGGGAUGUACCAUGCACGAAACUGCAUAAGCAACCUCAUAUGAAAAAACCGUUAACCGCUAAAACAUGGAUAAUGAUCCUGGCAUUAGUCAUUGAGCAGUGCGAGCUCGAACGCAGUUUGCAGGAGAAGGAGUUAUAUGUGGAUGACCUAUUGCAGCAACUGUGA